CAUGGGUAACUCGUCCGCCAUGUUGUAUGGAAAGUAUUAGAACUGGGAGAUGAUCGAUAUAUCACGGUGGAUAUUUUCCAUAGUUGUGCUAAUUUUAGGAGUAAGGCUUCACUCCGCAAAAUGUAACACUAUCGACCGACCGUGUUUUGCAAUUGGGGGGCCUGAUAGAUCUAAAUGAUGAAGAAAUUUUUCUCGUCGGGAAGUGGUAACGACCAUCAAAGCGGUUUUGUUGGCAAGACUUUGGUGGUGGGACGAUGUCAGUGCAUUGUCGAAGAGGUCAUCGCCGAAGGAGGAUUUUCCUUGGUAUUUCUUGUGAGAGUUCCCAAUGGAAAGAAACACGCUCUCAAACGAAUCUCGGUCAACAAUAAGCAUGAUUUAGCAGUCUGCAAACAAGAAAUUGACAUAAUGAAACUUAUGUCUGGUCACAAGAAUGCUAUCACCUAUCUGGCCUGCACCAUCAACCAGAUUUCUCCUGGUAUUUUUGAAGUACUCAUCUUAAUGGAAUAUUGCAGAGAGGGCCAUGUUGUUCAGUUGAUGAAUGAGCACAUCAGCUCAGGUUUCAGUGAGUCACUAGUACUGAAAAUCUUCACUGAUACUUGCGAAGCAGUUGCCAAGCUGCACCAAGCUGAUCCACCAGUCAUUCACAGAGACCUUAAGGUUGAGAAUAUUUUAUGCAGUAGCCGUGGUGACUUUGUAUUAUGUGAUUAUGGCAGUGCAACAAGAAGAAUUGUAAACCCACAGGAAGAAGGUGUCACCAAGGUAGAGGAAGAAAUACAAAAGUAUACAACUUUAUCUUACCGAGCACCUGAGAUGAUAGAUUUAUACAGUGGCAAAAUAAUUUCAACUAAAGCUGACAUCUGGGCUCUUGGAUGUCUUCUUUACAAGAUGUGUUUUUUUACUCUACCAUUUGGUGAAAGUCCGCUGGCCAUACAGAGUGGUCAAUUUACUUUUCCUGAAAACUCCCGCCAUUCGCCUGAACUCCACAGACUAAUCGGUUAUAUUCUUAAUCCUGAUCCGGACACUAGACCCGAUAUCUUCCAGGUGUCUUACGUAGCAUUUAAGCUCAGAGGACUUGAGUGUCCCGUUGCUAAUACUAAGAAUGUAAAAAUACCUGACUCGCUACCUGAAAUAUCUUCUGAGGGACCGCAAAAGACAGAAAACACUGGUCGUGUUACUCCCAAAUUAAGACGGCCUGAAGGUCCGGUUACCACUUCUCUCGCUCCUCGCCAGCGCCCGCGAGCAGGUCAGGGUGCUCAGCAGUUGUCUUCCUCCCAGGCAUCAUCGCAUUUGAGCCACAUUGCAAGUCCUCAGCAAAGUCGCAAGCAGUUCACGCAGGCGCAGAGAGGAACUCUGGAUGUCCAACAUGGUCAUGGCCUGAGUCACAUGGCCAGUCCUAGGCAAAACAGAAGGAAUAUCUCCCAGAAUCAUACAAGAGAGCAAGAGAAUUAUGGACCUCAUCUGCAAGCUCAAGGAAAUCUGGGUCAAGUACAGGACCCUAGAGGUGUAGCUCAUGGGAGGCCAGACAUGGUUGCCGGGCAACUUAUGGGUGUCCCCCAGGCUUCAACAGUCUUUCAUCAAGGCCAUCAAGCCCAACAGGGUGUAAAUGUGGGUUACCCAAAGCAAAUGACAAGGGAGCAAUACUUACAGCAACAGUACCUGCAACAACAGCAGCUGGCUCAGCAACAGUACUUGCAACAACAGCAACAGCAGCAGAUGUUACUCCGGCAGCAGGAACAUCAAAGACUACUCCAACAGCAGCAGCAACAGCAGCUCCUUCAACAGCAGCAGCAACAGCAGCUGGCGCAGCAACAGUUGAACUACCAGAGAGAGGUACAACCAGGACAGCCGUACCAUCCUGGUCAACAACAUCAACAACAACAACAGCAGCAGCAGCAGCGACAACAAAAUGUCACCCAGCAAAUGUAUCACGAUUCUGACCAGUGUCAGCUCAAUCCGUUUUACGAAUACCAGCAGUAUCCAGUUGAGACGGCCUACCAGCGUGACGUUCACGACCAUGGCACCGUCCAUCCUCAAAUGUCUAUGCAGUCUUCUCAAGACUCAGGUCAGGACGCCUCACGACCUAGCGAUGCCAGAUUGUUACGUCCGCGUUACAUGUCUCACAACCGUUCGAGGUCUGAUCCUAAUUUUGCAAUUGGCAACCAGUCUAAGGUGCAGGUUCAAGCGGCACGUUUAACGCCUCUACCGAACGAGAUAAACUCGCAAUAUCGAAGCCCCAGUGACCCUUCUCUUAACCUCGCCAAGGAGAAUGAUCAGAUAGACAUGCCUUUAGUUGAUAUCGAAUCUAAUGAAGGAUCCACACCCCACUGGAACCCGUUUAGUCCAUUUUACCAAUCAAGUGAGCAGGAUUUUGUGUCCACUCCAAGUGAAGUAACUGAUGACGACUUCGCUUCACUCCGGGAGAGUGAUGUGAAGAAAUCUCAUGUCGGUGUGAAUAUCACUUACCAUCAACCUUACACAGCUAAUCCACAUACAUCUGAAUUGCAACAAGGAACGGAUUUGUUUGGAGCAACUGCAUUUGGUAUCCAGGUGCCAGAGUCCUACUCGAACAGAGCUACCGGUGAAUUUGCAGAUGGGGAAAACUUGUCUGCCCAGUUUACGGACGAUGCCAGCACUGGCACUGAUCCGCAGCAAUACGUUGCACACGUUGUCCAAGAUGGUAACAACCCUUUUCUCCAAGGUUACCGCAGUUCUGAGAUUGAACAAACCCUGAAUUUAGUGGAUCAGGCAUCAAGCGAUAGUGAACCAGAGGAGAACACCGAGUUGGUCGAGUGCCCGCCCCCCUCUCCGGGGUUUUCUGAUCCCUUUGGUGCGGCGCCGUUUGUACUUCAGAAAGGGAAACAGGGGCCGCCAGCUGCUCCAGAUGCCUUUGGCGCUGCUCCAUUUACCCCACGGGCCCCUUCACAACCGAAAGGCAACAGUGAACAUUUAGCUAAAAAACCUGAGGAUCAUAGCCAGCCUAAUACUGACUCAUUUGGUUUGUCGAGCCAGUUUACUUCGAUGCAAGUAGGGACUGUUGCAGGCGGUUCUGCUAAUAAUUUAGGUUCGACUCCUUUUCAUGAUCUUAACGAAGGCUUUGGAGGCUCCGCGCCAUUUGGUGGAAAUGUUGAGCGCGAUAGCUCCCAAGCAGCCACUUUUGAGGACCAAUCUGGCUUAGUAAACCCUGCGGCUGAGUUUAUGGACAAUCUGGAAGACCCAUUUGGUGGGGUGUCAUUCAACGCAAACCCGGCUGUUAGAAGAAGAAACGCUAGGAAACAGCAGGCAUCACUGAAAGAAGCUCCAGUCUCCGCAGCUAGGAGUGAUCAAGCCCCUCGGGCUCGGCCUAGGCGACUUUUACCCCAGACACCAGACGAGAAUCCCCGAGUAACACGUCCAGGUCAACAGGCCAGGGUGCAAGGCCCUGUAGUUAUAUCUGUGGGCCAACCAUCACAAGGCCCUAAAAAAACUGACCCGAAGUCGACAGGAAAUAGAUCGGCGUAUGCUGCGACAUGAUUAUUUACCUCCAAUAUUCAAAGCAGCUUUCUCUUUUUCUUCACCGAAUUCUUCCGGCUCCAACUAGACAAGUGAAGGACUGGUGAGAGAGCACACUAAGAGCAUUGGGUGAAGAAUAUAUUUGGAUUGUUUGAAGUAGUUGAGGUGUAAUUUUCUGUGAUGUACGUUGCGUUUCAUUGAAUAGUGAUGACUGAUUUUCGUCAGGCAAACCAGUUGUUUUUAAGGAAUUGAAGUACAAUUUCCCAUUGUGCAUUUUGCGUCCGUCACUUUUAAGAUCGUUCAAACAGGUUUUAGAUAUGUUAUAUUGGCGACAGUAAACAAGAAGUUUCAUACAUGUAGGUUGAACCAAGGUCCUCCAAAUCUUGCAUUUUAAUGUUGUAGCGUGUGCUUUCUUUUAUGCGCUCUUUACGUGAAAGCAGAAGUUGAUUCUAUUGAAGCAAAUAACAGGGAAUAACAAGAACGCAAGCCGUUUACAACGAGAUUGUUGUCAAGUUACACACUGUAGUUUUGUAGUGUUCUGCUGACUUUUACCAAAAUUGGAUUGAUUUUUUUAAUUAGAGCAGAUUUGGAUUGAGGUUUAUAGAAACAAACUGAAGAAAUCGCUAAGGCUAAUCAGGAGGAAGGACACUCACUUGAGGAGCCAAUGAGAAGUAAAAUAGAAACAAGCUAUCCGUCAGGAGCGUGGGAAAUCGCUAGUGAAUAAGUUGUGAUUGGGUUUAGUUUUUAAAUUUGAUCGGUCGAGAGGAUGGCGAUAAUUUAAGACCAAUCACAAAAACUAUGCCAUCUCGGAUCAGUUCCUUCACGCGUUUGAAAAUUGCUCUUAAGUACCAUUUCGUUUGUUUCAAGAACGUACGGAAGUAUAUGCAUUGUUUGUGUAACUUGAGGUUGACUGAACCGAUGUGUUAUGCGAUUCAAUUGCUUCAGCAUGAGCUAAUUUUAAGCCGAAGCAGUCUGUCCCUGUGCCAGUCCACACUGUCCACAUUGUCUUCCAUUAGCACAAUUAAAACAUUCUUUCCGUGUACGGGGAAGUGUUACCAGCCGUUGUUUGAUCGCGUGACCCGUAGCGUGACGAAAGAAUGUGCGUCGUGACGUGACCAAACAACGGCAGUAUAAAGAACUAACAUGCCUGAAUCCUUGCUGUUACACCAAGGUCACUUUUGGCUUUUUUGAAGUGCGUUAGGCGUUUUAUAAAAAGAUGUUAGAAGGUCUACCAAGUUGGAGGUGAAUCUACAAAGCGGUAUUAACAAUGAGCCUUCUUUCAAUUUCACAAAAAUUAACACAAGAUAAGUGACGUAAUAUAUUAAACUAAUUAUUUUUCCGAA